CACGUUGAAGCAGCCAGCUGUGAGCAGCUCUAGCUGGGCUCAGACACAGCUGUUGUGCCCCCCUCCUUCGGCUUGAGUGGGACUUCACAGGAUGAAAGCCAAGUGUUCGGCCUGAUGCUGCACUGUUGGACUUUUCUCUGCUUUGGGCUGAACUAGCAAAAAGCUCACUGCGGUCGAGCAGCGAGACAAUAAUGGAGCUGCUCGGGAUGUUUGACGAGCUGUCCCACGGACUGGCAGACUUGCCAAUGUUUCCUUACUUUGAGAUGGCGCACUACAUCGUGUCAGUCAUGGCUCUGAGGGAGCAGCCAGGAGCUCUGGAGGUGUCCAGGGUCAGCCCCUUGGCCUGCUGGUUCAGCUCCAUGCUCUACUGUUUCGGGGGCAGCGUGCUGUCGGGGAUCAUGCUGGCAGAGCCACCGGUGGCACCUUUGUCCAACGGACCUGUUAUUCUGCUCGCUUCACUCGUCUGGUACCUCGUCUUUUAUAGCCCCAUGGAUAUGGUGUACUCCUGCACCGCCCUGCCGCCCAUCAGGGUGGUGCUGUCAGGCCUGAAGGAGGUGACCAGGACGGGGAAGGUCCUUGGAGGCGUCACGAUGGCUCACAAUAAAUACAAAGACAGCCUGCUGGUGAUGAUCGCCAUUGGCUGGGCGAGAGGUGCUGGAGGCGGUCUCAUCAGUAAUUUUGAGCAGCUUGUUCGAGGUGUAUGGAAGCCAGAAACAAAUGAGCUCCUCAAAAUGUCUUACCCCACGAAGAUCACCCUGCUGGGAGCGGUGCUCUUCACUCUGCAGCAGACCCACUACCUGCCCCUGCAGAGACACCACCUGAUGCUCCUCUACACCCUUUUCAUCGUUGUCAACAAGGUAGGCAUCAGACACUCGGUGUGA